AAUUGCAGCAGAUCACCGUACCCGACACGACAAGACAAUCCAUUCCUUUUCUGAUUACUUACGUGGUACUCGUCGCAAGGUCGCAGUCUCAUGGCGCCGAGUUCGUUGGCCUUGUGGGGCGUCCUGGCGGCUUGCGCCGCCGGCGGCGGCGCGGCGACCUUCUACGGCGACGCCGACGGGUCCGGGACGAUGGGCGGCGCAUGCGGGUACGGCAACCUGUACAACGCCGGGUACGGCAUCAACAACGCGGCGCUGAGCACGGCGCUGUUCAACGACGGCGCGUCGUGCGGGCAGUGCUACACCAUCACGUGCGACGGCUCGCGGCCGGGCGGCCAGUACUGCAAGCCCGGUAACAGCGUCACCGUCUCGGCCACCAACCUGUGCCCGCCAAACUACGCACUGCCCAACGGCGGGUGGUGCGGCCCGGGGCGCCCCCACUUCGACAUGGCGCAGCCGGCGUGGGAGAGCAUCGGCAUCGUCCAGGCCGGCAUCAUCCCGGUCAUGUACCAGCAGGUCAAGUGCUCGCGCAGCGGCGGCGUGCGCUUCAGCAUCGCCGGCUCCAACUACUUCCUUCUCGUCAACAUCCAGAACCUCGCCGGCAGCGGCUCCGUGGCGGCCGCCUGGGUCAAGGGCGACAAGACGGGGUGGAUUCAGAUGUCACGGAACUGGGGUGCCAACUGGCAGGCGCUCGCCGGGCUCGUCGGCCAGGGGCUCAGCUUUGCAGUGACCAGCACCGGCGGGCAGCACAUUGAGUUCCUAAACAUGGCGCCGGGGUGGUGGCAGUUCGGCCAGACCUACACCACCUACCAACAGUUCGUCUACUGAUCCACCGAUUGAUCGGAGAAGAGUUUUGCGAUCUGUUUCCUGUCGCCUUCGGCAUGAUGGCGAGUGGCGAGUGCCUACCAGGCUAUCACGCGCCGUCUCGUGGUUCUGGCCCGGUUUCAGCGCCGAUGCAACGUGGCCGAGGCAUGCUUGCUGUCCGUAGCUCAGUGCUUAUUCUUAACUUUUUUUUUCUCCCUAUGGCAUCACAUACGUACAUCUAUGUAAAAUUGGUAACCUUGUUUAAUCACGAACUUCAAACUA